AUGGGGAAGCUAAACGAAGGCAAGGAUGAGGGAGGCGGCGACAACGAUGGAGCCGACAGCAGUAGCAGCAGCGAAUUUGUUUACGAACCCAGGAGCGUACGAAAGAAGAGGUUCGUGGAUAACCUGGUGAAUAGCUUUUUAAGUGAAAAGAAGAAGAGGCAGGAGGAGGUGGAGCACGAAGAAGAGGGGGAAGAAGACGCAGAGGGUAGCGAGAAAAAUCACUCAAGUGAAAAUUCCAGUGGGGCAGAAAAUGGAGAUCAUCAGGAUGAGCAGGACAGGCGUAAAAAAGAUGGUAAGGAAAAAAAAAAGAAAUCUUCCAAGGACACAAAUAAUCAAAACCCAGUACAGGUAAACAUGCAGAAGAGUCUCCUGGAGACAUUCUACAAAAUGAAAUUGCAGGCACAAAACAAUGAAGUGGACGAGACAGAAGAGAUUCGGAAAAAUGAGGAGAAAAUAUUAGCACAGGUGUCCAAAGCGUUAAAUGCACCACUACAAUCUGUAAAGGAAAGAGCGAAAGGUAUUGUGUAUAAUGAGAACUUCAAGACCAUAUGGACGCUACCAAGCAAGUAUAAGGUGCUAAGUGAUAAGUACGUGAGUAAAGUGAGAAACGUAUUUUAUAUCGACGUAAGUGGAAGUGAUAUUCCACCACCUAUUAAAAACUUUCGUGACAUGAAAUUUCCCAAGCCCAUUUUAAAAGCUUUGAAAAAAAAAAAAAUUGAUAAACCUACACAAAUACAAAUGCAGGGAUUACCAUCCAUCCUACUUGGUAGAGACAUCAUUGGAAUUGCAUUUACGGGGAGUGGGAAAACGCUUGUUUUCGUUCUACCUUUGGUUAUGAUUUGCUUGGAAGGAGAACUACGAUGUCCAAUUGAGGAGGGGGAAGGACCACUGGGCCUUAUCAUAUGUCCAUCAAGAGAACUAGCAACACAAACGCAUAAUGUUAUAAAGUAUCUUUGUGAAUUUCUACAUAAGGAUAAUUAUCCAAUGUUAAGGAGUUUGUGUAUGAUUGGAGGAGUAAGUACUUUUGAUCAGGGACGAGAAAUACAAAAAGGAUUGCACAUGAUUGUGGCAACCCCCGGUAGAUUAAAUGAUAUGUUAAAUAAAAAACGAAUGACCCUUGAGCAGUGUAGAUACCUUUGCUUUGAUGAAGCGGAUAGGUUAAUUGAUUUAGGGUUCGAAGAAGAAGUACGUAACACUUUAGAUCAUUUUUCGAGACAAAGGCAAACGUUACUCUUUAGUGCAACCAUGCCAAAGAAGAUACAAGAGUUCGCCAAAUCCACUUUAGUAAAUCCAAUAAUCAUCAAUGUUGGAAGAGCUGGUGCAGCUAACUUGGACGUCAUACAAGAAGUAGAAUAUGUGAAAGAAGAAUUGAAACUAUCUUACCUGUUAGAAGUGCUACAGAAAACAGGGCCCCCCGUUUUAAUUUUUUGUGAAAACAAGAAAGAUGUGGAUGAUGUGCAUGAGUAUUUGUUAUUGAAGGGGGUGAAUGCAAUUGCUAUUCAUGGAAAUUUAGGUCAGACAGAGAGGCAGGAAGCGAUUAAUUUGUUUAGGGAAGGGAAAAAAGAUAUACUAGUAGGAACAGAUGUCGCUUCGAAAGGGUUGGAUUUCCCAUCCAUUGAACAUGUUAUUAAUUAUGACAUGCCAAAGGAUAUAGAAAAUUAUGUACAUCGAAUUGGUAGAACUGGUAGAUGUGGAAAAACUGGAAUCGCUACAACAUUUAUUAAUAAGAAUCAGGAAGAAGCCAUUUUGUUAGAUCUAAAAGCUUUAUUGAUUGAAGCUAAGCAGAAGAUUCCACCCUUUCUAGAAAUGCUUGACAGCAAAGGAAUCAACUUAAAGGAAAUCGGAGGUGUCAAGGGCUGCUCCUACUGUGGUGGCCUUGGACACAGAAUCACCCAGUGCUCCAAAUUAGAGAGCCAGAGAAACAAGCAGAUAUCCUUCACCAACAAGGACAUUCUCUCUAGCAGUAACAAGCAUAAUAAUAUGCACGCAUACACGGGGGAUUGGUAG